AGUCAUGGAACCCAACUACUAACUGGAACUUUCCAUGUGAUUUUGUGCCCAUCUUAUAUAUAUAUGUCCUUAUCUCUAUCUUCUCAGAGAACCAAAAAUCUCACCAUAACCCCUGAACUCUCUGUCUGGAAAAUUAAUUCUCAGAUAGAUUAAGACCCCUGAAAGACAGCAUAGUCUAGACGGAAGAGAAUUAGAGUUGAACUAAGCUCAAGCUUCCAGUCUAUGUUACCUGAACCUUGUAGGACCCCUCAUGUGAGAUUCAUCCAUCACUUGAAUCUUCAGGUGCUGUAGAUGGAAAAUGAUGGAUUUAGAGUUGAGAAAGAAGAGAUUAGUCAGGGUCAUUUCCGGAAAAUUGCUCUGGACUUUCAAUGAUCACCAACUGCUUAGUGCUACUGAAGUCCACCUCCUUAAAACCAGUAUUCUCACAAGGCUGUGAAUUUGAAGAAUAAAAACUACAAGUAAUCCUAAGGACAAUGCAGAGAAAAAUGGGAAGCUUUUUACCACCAUUAUCACUACUUGGAAUUGGACUGAUCUGGGUUCCUGAUCCUUGGAACAUCUAGAAUACUGUUUCCUGUACUUCUUGAAAUUCCUAUUGGUGAGAAAUAAUUUGGAAUGAGGACUGAGAAGCCAGAGAGGAAAAAUAUCAUCAGGGCUCUUCAGAAUGGUUCUAUGUAGAAGGGAAAAGCAUCCAACAUCACAAUGAGAAGAAGACAGAAGAUUCUGUCAAACGCCUCAGACCAACUCCUUGGAAAAGGCCUUAAUCACCGGACCAAGAUGGAUUUGUCACCAUGUUCCUCACACCAGACUGUACCAUCAAAUGAACAAGAUCAUCAGUCCAAGCCUUUGAUGAUGCCACGCCUAAACCAAAACCAGGCCAAAAGCAAGGUGUUACCCCAUCCUGGCCACAAGAACACAUCCACUCCCUCACCAUGCUUCAAACACCAGACCACAGCUAUACAAUCAUCCCAUGCUGAGAGUCAAACAGCGGCUGUACCCUUACCCCAUCUCGAUCAUCAAGGCCCUACCAAACCUAUAGCCACGCAGUCACCACGCCCUAAACAUUGGGCUAGAAGCACAAUUCCAUCCUUGCCAUUUCCUGAUACUAGGGCAAGGACAGCUGGUGUCAUAGCUUUACCGUGCUCAGAAAACUGGAUGGCUCCUCCACUUAGCCCUAACCUCUGGAACAAGGCUUCACUGGACCCAGAGCACCUUCCUAGGAUUCCCCAAGGAUUUGACCACUGGGCUGAAAAUGUACGACACAUCGACUACUGGCCCACAAUUGCCUCAUCCCCUUGUUAUCAGAAUGAGGUUACAUCCUAUAUAGAUUGCAGACCAAUAGUCAAAACUAUAGCUUCUCUAUCCUUUAACUUUGGCCCAGUGGCCAAAGCCACAGCUAUUCCAUUUCUAUCCUGUAGUCAUCAGUCUAAAGCUCCACAGGCCAUGAAGCACUAUGAAAGGGGUAUAAUCUCCCCAUUACCAUUGCAGACCUUCAGUCACCAACACAGAAUCAAAGGUUCACCACUGCUAUGCCCUGAUUUCUCUAAAGCCAGUGGUGAACCUGGCAGAUAUCACAGGGCAAGUCCUCUAGCAGAUGCUGAUCAGAUGAUAGACAAAGACAGGGAUAAAGGUAGACUAACCUUCAACCAAUGGGUCAAAGUUCCAGACCCCAAAUUUUGCAUUACAUAUCCAUUAGAAUCAAAAGAUCCUGAGACAGAGACAAAGGUAGCCCCUGACCAUCAAGUCUCACUUCCACCAGAUCCUGAGCAUAGGACUAAAGUUUUCUCAGACUCUGAUCAAAUGUUUACCAAAAUUCUACCAGACCCAGAGUACCAAACUAAGUUUUCUCUUGGAUCCAAUAACCAUGCCCAGGUUUGUCUGGGCCCCAGUUACCAAGAUAAUGAUGAUCUUGGGCCAGAUAAGAAGGCUAACUGUCUAUUGGCUCCUAUCCACAAUGUUCAAUCUACCUUGGAUGCUGAUCAGCAGCAGGUAGAGGGCAAAACAAGUCCUACACCACAAGUUCAUUUUGCUUCAGGACUAAAUCACAAAGUCAAACUUACACAGGGUACUGACUACUACAUUAAAUAUGAAGCAAGACCUAAACAGCUGGAUGAAAUUUCAUCAGAUUCUGACUUUCAGAUGAGAACUACACCAGAUCCUGACCAGAGGAUUAAACUUCCUUCAAAUCUAACAAAUUGGGUCACAUUUCCUCUAGACACCAAACACAGGGACACACCUCAAAACCCCAACAAUCAGACGGCUCCUUAUUCAGGUCUUGACCCACCAUCCACACCUCCUCUGGGAAAUACACAAGUUACAUCUUCAGCCCUGAAACAAUGGCUCAAACCUUCACAGACUCCCAAAUACUGGGCCACACAUUUUACACAUCCUGAACAUCCAGAUACACCCUCCCAAGAGCUUGACCAUCAGCAAACAUCUCCACUGAACUUUGAACAUGAACAAAUGAACCCAGCAACCUCUGAUGAGAAGCUGGAGCCUCCAAGAGAUCCUAUCCCUUUUGUACAAAGUCAUUCAUAUCCUGACCAUUGUGCCAAGGUCUUACCACAUCCAGACAAACAGGUGAAGGCUAUAUCUGUUCCCAAAUACCGGACCCAGGAAAUAAAGAACAGAGACUCUUCAUGGUGUUUUAAUUAUAUUAGACCAUACAUAGUUGAGGGUGGUACUGUACAUAACAAAACUGUUAACAAUAUCAUAAGUUCUAUCCCUCAGGAAGAAAUUAAAAAUGACAUUCGAAAACAAAUUCUUCUUAAGCGGAUGAAACAAUGUCCUAAUUUUCAGGAUGGGCCACGCCUUUGUUCAAGUUAUGAUGUCUGUGUCCUUUGUGCUUCCUGGAUUCCGCAUGGUUGUUCUCAUGUGGAUAGAAUGCAUGGACAAACAAUAGCCCAUUUGAUGGCUAUACCAACACCUAUGCCUGGUUCUAAUAUAAGAAUGGGCAUUAAGUUUAUUCUCCAACUUCCCCCACAAAGGACAUCUCCUGAUAUUUACCUCACAUUCCCAAAUUUUGGUAGGCCUCACCACACAUACUAUUCACCUGUCAUUCCUUCACCCCCUUAUUCAGAACCUAUGCCCUCUGAAUCUCUGCUGGUCUCGUGGCUUGACUAUAGCCAUGAUAAGCGUCAUCAGUCACCUGGAAGAAAAACAAGUAGAAGUCCAGAGCUGUUCCCGGGGAAAACGUCCAAGAGAAAAGAAGAAUCGGUGGAGUCUACGGGAAUUUUCAAAUCUUUUCUGGAGAGAUAUCAAAUGAAGAGGAAGGAAAAUUAAAAAAAUGUCAUUCUUUCCU